CUUGAGGUAUGAAAGCCCCCCGCCCUGGCCCUGGGUCAGAGUCUCCAUGGGGGCACUGGAGCUGGCAGGCCGGGGUGGGAGGCCCCAGGGGAGGGGCUCCCUCCUGGUGGCUGUGGCAGGAGCUACUUCCCUGGUGACCUUGCUGUUGGCGGUGCCUAUCACUGUGCUGGCUGUGCUGGCCUUAGUGCCUCAGGAGCAGGGAGGACUGGUAACAGAGAACACUGACUCCGGGUCACAGGCCCAGCAAGGACUGGGGUUUCAGGAGGUGCAGAAGGCAGAGCCAGAAACGGAUCUCAGCCCCAGGCUCCCGGCUGCCCACCUCAUAGGCGCUCGGACGAAGGCGCAGGGGCUAAGCUGGGAGGCGACGAAAGAAGAGGCUUUUCUCCGGAGCGGGACGCAGUUUUCGGACGCCGAGGGGCUGGCCCUCCCGCAGGACGGUCUCUAUUACCUCUACUGUCAAGUGGGCUACCGGGGCCGCACGCCCCCUGCCGGCAGGGGCCCCCCGGGCCGCUCGGUCACGCUGCGCAGCUCGCUGUACCGGGCGGGGGGCGCCUACGGGCCGGGCAGUCCCGAGCUGCUGCUCGAGGGCGCCGAGACCGUCACCCCGGCCCUGGACCCGGCCGGGGGCCACGAUUACGGGCCCCUGUGGUACACGAGCGUGGGGUUCGGCGGCCUGGUGCAGCUCCGGAGGGGCGAGAGGGUGUACGUCAACAUCAGUCACCCCGAUAUGGUGGACUACAGGAGGGGGAAGACCUUCUUUGGCGCCGUGAUGGUGGGGUGAGGGUCGCCCGCGUCCCUGGGAAAACGACUGCAUGGUGCGAGUGGAUGAAUCGGACCAGAUAUUGGGGGCCCAGACACCCAGGACCCCAUGGCAGUGGGAGACGUGUAGGAGACCGGAAACUGAUUUUGAGCCUGAUGAAAUAAAGUAAAGCUUUAGUGCUGCCAAUGCGGA